AUGCCCCUACGUGAUCAAUGGUCCCUAACAAAAAGACAGGUUAACAAAAAGGAUACGGAUAAAAGCGAAGGGUCUGCCGCGACUGAGAUUAAGGACAAAGAGCCCCAGAUCAAUGCAGAGGCAGAAGAAAGACACCAGAUCAGAACGCUAGAUGCAGCUAAGACCACUGUUGAGCUCCUCAUAGCGGGCUUCAUCGCGAAGCACAACCUUACGAUGGCUUUGGCUGAUCAUCUUGUUGCCCUCGUGAAUGCGGUCUGCCCAGGCUCCCAGAUAGCUGAAAACAUUAGAUCGGUCAGACCAAAGACAAUCGUGGUCAUUAAAGACACCAUCAGGGUGGAGAAGCUGGCGAGAGUGUCGUCUCUGACGGGGGAAAGCUGCUACUCUCUCAUGAUCGACGAGACGAUGGACCGCUCCACCAACAAGGCACUGGCAGUUGUGGCACGUGUUUAUGACAGCCGAAUGAAGGCGACCAAAGACCUGUUCGUGUAUCUUGUGGAGGUCAAAGAUGCGUCCGCCGGGGAUAUUCACCGAGACGUCCCGAAAGUGUUGUCGAACAAGGUGCCAUUCUCCAACGUAAUAAGACUCGGCGCCGACAACGCAAGUGUCAUGACGGACAAACAUAGGGGCGUUCAAACCCUGUUGAAGAAGGGCGCACCUCAUAUCCUUGUGACCGGAUGUGUUUGUACUUCACUGCACCUGUACGCGUCCGCAGCGUGUUUGAAGCUGCCGCCCACGGUCGAGGACCUGGCGAGAGAUGUUUCGACCACAUCGGAAACAGUCUGA